AUGUUAUUUGUCAUUGUAGAUGCUUUGGCUAUUAAGGCCAUAGUGCCAGAAAAAGUUCAACAUGAUGUAAGUGCAAAUAUCAGUGGUAUUUAAAUUUUGAUCAGUGUUAACUAUUUAAAUGAUACAUUUUGUAACUAUUAUUUGCAGCUGUGAUAUACGUGUAUCUGAUUGUUGUGUCGACGAAGGAGACGUUUCGUAAUUGAGUCGUUGGCUAUUCUUUGUGUUUGUGGGCAGCCUGUGCAUGUUCCAAGCACGAAAAAUUGAGAAGAGGUUGUCGGUGUUGGUUCCAAAUCUGCGCCAUCUUGAAACAUCACAAUAGCAUCCAGCAUGCUGAAGGUGCCAUGUGCCAUUUUGAAACGUCACUAUAGCAUGUUUGCGUCACAAUAGUAUCCAUCAUGCCCAUUGCAUUCCUGUUCCCAGCACGUUUCGCAACCUUUGGAUCUUUGCUUCCUCGAUCUUUUCUUUUCUAAAUCUUUCGUACAAUAUCAAAGGCUGAUCAGGGAUGUAUUCACUAUUCCUGGAGCUUUUGCGAUCAUAUUCUUUCAUAUUGCUGCUGGCACAAAACUGGUGCCUAAGGCCCUAAGGUGACGCACUAUAAUCUAGAGAUACGAUAACUGCUAGUUCUAAAAGUAAAUGUGUAUGUACAAAAGGCUUCAAGGCUUUAAUUUAUUUUAAGUCAGUUGUGUUAUCAUUUGGUUUAGAGUGGAGAGCAGAUAGCCAUUAUCUUCAACCAUAGAUUGAACAUGGACCAGAAAACAAAAGACCAAUAUGUUGUUGAAUUUGUGGGAACAGCGGGUGCUGUCAAAGUUCAUGCCACACUAGCAAACAGUUCAACGUUGAUGCUACAGACACCAGGCAAGUCAUAAGGCCUAUCACCCUGCUCUUCCAUGUGGAUGCCGUGGUCACUGAAAAAAUUGCAGAUAUAUUAAGUCAUUAAUGGAAAAACUUUUCAAUGAUCAAAGGGCAAGCUGUUGCUGAAGAUUACUAGCCUCGAUCACUCAUCCACUAGCCCCGAAAUCCUAGUUGUCACCCCUCAAUAGUUUCAGUAGGCCCCAUUUAAGUGCCAUCAACUCUUCUUGAAUAAGUGAAUGAAUAAAAUUGUGAUAUUCAUUUGUGGCUACCUUUUCUUAAAUCCUCUAGUAUACAAAGAACCAAGUGUUAUAACUGCUUAUGUAUACCAAGGCAUUCAUCGUCGCUUGAUUGGCCAGCACAAAAUUGAAUUUCUGUCAAGGAGUGACACAUUUUACAGACUUCUCUACAAGUCUCUGGAUCCAGUCAUUUUUAUGUGCGAUACACUAGGGAUUGUAUCAGGAGAUAUCCAUGAACUAGACAAUGCCCUGGCGGAAACAUUUUCAGCCAACGCCCCUCAAGGAUUUGACUUUCUUGGUAUUCAUAGGGAAGGAGCAGGUAUUGAACAUUUCAAUCACAUAUAAACAUCAUGCACUAUAUAUGAAUACUGUAGUAAGAACAGCAAGACUCAAGAGGAUUGAAAGAAAAGUUAUAUUGUCAUGUUAUUGUUUUGAGUCUCUAGUAUAGUACUGGUACUCUGAUGAGACUUGCACUAAGGGUCCAUCUUGGAGAGAUAUGUCUUCCUUAUUGUAAUGACAUGUACAGUCAGUGAGUGAAUUAAGCAGGGACCAACUCAAGAUUGGUUUUCAAUUCCCCAAAAUAUUUAAUCACUUAAGAGUUUUUUGGCUGAGUUUGUGCUUUGGGAGUUGUCUGUUGUUUCUAGUCUGUCAUUAUACAGCAUUCUUGUUCAGCACGCGUGCAAUGACCACGCUUGGCUGACUUGGGAAUGCUCACUGAAAUAUGAUAAUUUAGUAUGAGAGAAUAGAAGGGAUUCCCGUCACGAGUUAUUUUAAUUAUUGGCUUGCAUUAAACCUAUGAAAAAAUGAUAUUUUUUUAAUAGUAAGUAGAUUUAGUGUGUAGCACUUCUUGAUUUUUUUUGCAAAGGCACAAGAAGCACGAGAAUUGAUUGAGAAUUGUGGGUUUAACCUCUAUGUAUCACACAAUGGCCUGUCUCACUGUACCAAAAUUAUCAUAUCUCGGUGAGCAUUUGCAAGUCAGCCAAGCGCAGUCAUUGCACGCGUGCUGAACAAGAAUGCUGUAUCAUGACAGACUAGAAACAAUAGACAACUCCCAAAGCACAAACUCAGCCAAAACGCUAAAAAUCUUCAAUGUUUACUCAAGUUUGGGCUUAUAGAAGAUAAUGUCACAGUUUUUCAAUGACCAUGAAAUUCACAGUCCGGGUAGUUAGUUAAUCAAUUGUGGCCCUGAAAAAAUUUGAAGGAAAAAAAACUACGAUUUUUUAAGAAAAUGCUUUUUUCGUGAGAAGGACUCUUCAACGCUGACAAACGUCAAUAAAUAGCAAAAACUAUAAUUUCUACAUGUUUGCUUUGCUCGAAAUCGCGCGCAUUUACAAGGCCCUAAGGCUUUUUGCUGACUUGCAAGGACCCAUCUGUUAUAACGAUCCCCAAAAUAAAGUGAUCGGUCUCAUAGUUUAUUAGAUAUAAUCGUGUAAAGUUUGCUUAUCAUUUUCGCAUAAAUUAUGACCUAAAUUUGGAAACCGCUGAAUUUCUCGAAUUGGGUCUUUGCGAUUUUGGUGAAACUCUGUGCAGCGCAAGGCACUAAUGCGCACUAUGUGUAGCCGACAGAUUUUCACAAAAAAUGCCGGCAACAGCAGACUUUCGACUCAGUCCUCAAAGGGGCGUGGCAUAAUAACCACGUGACAUUUACUCCGAUCGCCAAAAAUUUUGUGUUAUAUUGUAGAUUGAUCUAUAUGUUAUCCAUUCUCUGUGUUAGACUUACGAUAAAAGUAAAGGUUGGGAUACCAGAGAGCUUCAAAGUACGAUGCUACCCCCCCCCCCCCAAAAAAAACUGGGUCAAGUCACCUUAAAGGGAACCAAGAAAGUGUCACCCAAAAUGCAUCAACAGUGCUAGAACCCAAAAGAAGACUUUUCUGGUAGUAAAAUGUUCUUUACCAUUAUGAUAAAUAAUUUGAUCGUAGUUACUAAAACAUGGAACGACCUAAAACCACCUAAAACCAUCUACAACCACCUAAAACCACCUACAACCACCUCAAAAAAUUCAACAACCACCUACAACCAUCUACAACCACCUCAAAAACAUCUACAACCACUUGCAAACCAUCUAAAACCAUCCAAAACAAGGUAUAAAUGUCUGAAAUAAGGCAUGACGACAACAUGUCACGAACAUGAAAUACGAGAAUCGAACAAAACAUCCACCUCCCCCUAAAAUCUUACUCUCCCUGGUCCCUUGUAUCAUCAACCAUUGGCUUAAGUCACGAAACUACUAUCAAGUCACAAAAAAUAAUAAAAUAAAAUAACGAACUCGUAGUCGAAAGACUGACUUGAUUUGGCUUUUUCUACCCUGGGUACCAGUGAGUAGCCUGUGAAGCGCCAGACGCAUUUCCGGUCGUCGCUUCUCGGAGGGAGAGAAGCGACGACCGGAAAUGCGUCUGCUGCUUCGCAGGCUAACCAGUGAGACGUUUUGGUUCACGUUUCAUUUGUUUACGCAAUGGCACAAGGUAGGGUUUCCCUCUCUCUCGGAGUCUGCGUCACUGCUGUUUUGUUCUAAGGUGGCGGAUUACAUUCCUAAUAACAAGUUAACUUUUUUAGCAUCUCAUCCGCCAAACAUGUUUUUACAUUCCAGGUGACUCCUUUAGAAGAACCCUAGUGUCUUUCACACCCGUUUCCUGUGUCAUCACGCAAGGCUAAACUCCCUUGCGUCACGACACAGGAAACGGAGACUAGUAGGUGUAAUCAUUGUUAAAAAUGUUAUUUUAAAAAAUCUAUAAUGCAAUGGAUUCAGAAGAAAACAAGUUAAGACGAGCCGAAAUUAAUAAAAAUGGGUUGAAAAAUUUUAAUAGUGAAUGAUUGUAAUUAAAGUAAUUUACCUGGAUUUUUAUAUACCUUUAUUAUGUUUUGGAACCCAACUUUCACCGCGGCCCUCUUCUUGGGAGUGAUGGGAUAUGCGCGCUUCUUAUUUUCGCUUUGCUCGUUGUAAAUACGUCCCCACUAUACUAUCUGAGAGCCUGGCACAAGCUAGAGUAGCUGGAACUUUACGAGCUAAAAUGAAACGAAAAAUUUGGAUCACAUAUUCGGGUCUUCCCUCCCCGCCUAGGGACGUUACUGGUAAGAACGUUUUGAUUCAUAUUGCUGAAAAGAAUUAUCAAAUAUCAUAAUAUAAUGUUUUCUAAUUCUUGCAACUGUAAACGGGUUAAUAGCUGUAUAAAAUCAGGCUCUACAAGUGAGACACGUUCAUACUAGACUAAAGGAUUCUGCAGGACUACAUACAUUUGUGUGAAACUAUUUCAGACAUUUAUACCUUGUUUUAGAUGGUUUUAGAUUGUUUGCAAGUGGUUGUAGAUGUUUUUGAGGUGGUUGUAGAUGGUUGUAGGUGGUUGUUGAAUUUUUUGACGUGGUUGUAGAAGGUUUUAGGUGGUUUUAGGUCGUUCCAUGUUUUAGUAACUACGAUAAUUUGAUAGGUUUAUGUAGGGUUGAUGACCAAUAGUUAAAACAUGAUUGCUUGAUAUUUGCCUGUUCUCUCUGUAUAUUUACAACAAAAUGCUAUAGUAUAUUUAACAUGUGAGUGUAAUAUUGAGUCCAAAACAAGAAAAAAGAUCCUAGGAUUGCCUUUAAUAAUUUCUGGACGAUGUAGAGAAGAAAAGAAGCUACAAAGUCUUCUCCCCCUAAAUCAGUGAGUUCUUCUUCGCCUUCUUUAUGUGAAGAAUAUUUGGUUUGAAGUAAUUGAUAUGGCCAAAGAGACAAUACUUCAAAUCAUGACACAAUAAGGCUUGUUUGCAAGAAAAUGACCAGAACUGCAUGACUGACCAAUCAGAGCAACAGCAUGCAAAGAAAGUGGUGUGCGAUAGCCUGGGGCUGGUGGAUUUUGCUAUUGCGCUAGUGAAUUCUGUUCUUAACUUGCCCACAAUCGGCAAGUGAGUUUUUUGGGUGAAUUCAAAUUACAGAUCAAGAACUGCAAUCAAUCCUGCUCAUCAAAUUUUUUCAGGCUAGUUGGAAUGACUUUCGGGGAAAUACAUGCCAGGUACAGCUGACGCCCAAAUGGCAAGACUAAAACUAACUUUCUUUGCACCCUGGGGCAAGCUACCAUCUUAUAUCAUCAACCCCAGAGAGCCUUCUGUGCUGAAAAAAAGGGCAGAUACAGGAAGUUUGAACCUGUCUUGUAGGCCUCUUUUGAGCAGGAGGGAGGGUAAGGAAAUACUUGAGUAGGAGAACAUUUUUUCAUGCAUUUUUGAUUUUCUGUAGGAGUCAAGGUUCCCUUUAGACCAUAGCACCUGAAAACACACACAUGUUUGAUAGGGAAAUUUUGGUAGGGAAAAAAAAUGGGCCAAUCAUUUUAGAUUAAACCCAGUUGGAAGAUUCCAAAUUUUUAAAAACAGCACUAAUUUAUAACCAUGUUAUUUUCUGUUUUUGUUUAGAUCAAUCCAGUGCUGAAUUUCCAACUUUACUUCACUUUGCAUGCAAGUUUGGACUAAGCAAGCUAGUUGAAGUUAUCUUACAUUAUCCUGGGGCUUAUGAAGCAUGUUCUUUGAAGAACUAUCAGGGCCACCGGCCGUACAGUAUAGCUGAGGAUAAUGGAUAUGAUCAAUUAGCAAAUGAGUUACGUGCUUUUCAUGUAAGUUCUUGAUUUAAGUUACUUUGAUUAAUGAACUAUUUUAGCAUUUGAUGCAAUUUUUUCUUCCUUUUCAUUGGCCAAGAGCCAAAAAAAUUGAAAUUUUUGUCUUACAAGUAUAUGCAAGUUCUCCUGGAUUAUGUGGGAGACUUUUGGAUAAUUGGCACAUAAACUUCUUUUUCUCCCAUAUAGAUCACCAAAACUCCUAGCCUAUAGGUAAAUUUAGCUUUUCUGCUGCGAGAGACCUCUGCUAGCAGGAAAGAUUUUGUUAAGAAUUAAGCCCAUUGUUUCCCAAAGUUCAAAAUAUUUUUUGAUUAAUUGCAAGGUUAAUUUCUAUGGCAUUUUUUGCUUAACCCAUUCGCCCCUGAACUGCCCGUAACCGCCCGUGCGGAUCCAGGUCCUUUCUACCCUUUGUGACGUCAUCAGUUUUAAUGGUCAAGGACAACUUUCUUCGCUAACUUGUGUAGAGUGAAGAGAUCUUUCAAACCAUACCAGAAUGAGCACAAUUCAGUCAAGGACACCGGAGAAAGAGGCAAAAAACCACGUGACAUUGACCUGAAAAUCUCCAUGAAAAUCUUGUUCCAUUGCCCACCUACCUUUCCUUUCACCUAAUCCUAACGUCCUAAAAGCUUUCCUAAAAACUCUUCCCACCAAAAUGAAGCCUACUAAAUGCCCAGCAAGAGAAAAAAAAAUGAGGCAAGAAAAGCGAAAAAAGAAGGGAGGAGAAAAAGCGAAAAGUAAAAGUCAAGACUGCUGACUGUCACUUUUAAACCCAAAAUUAAACUAUCUCGAAAUUUUGCUCUCUGCACAUGCCCGAACUUCGCAAGCUGAUGUUUUGCAUCUGGAUCAGAAGGCCGCCAAGUGUACAACCUGUAAACCGGUUUUUGGUAAGUUUUAGCCCUUUAUAGCACGACAGUGACCAGAAAACCACUCGACUAGCUUCAAAACGCGUUUUUCGGCAAAAUCUCCCGGAGCGAAUGGGUUAACUAGUACAUAUUUUACCAGUAAAAAAGAUUACACUCAACUUUCGCUAAGAUGAACACCUAUAUGGAACCAGAAGUGAUAUAUAUCCAUCUUAUAGAGAGUCAAAUGAAGAGAAUAAAGCUAGAAAGGCAGGGACCAACUCUUGGUGUCUGUUUUACGAAGUUAUCCAUCUUAUAAGGCUGUUUUUUAAGAGAGAGUUGACUGUAUUCUGUCAUACAAUCUCAUUAAAAGAAAAUUUUGAUGUUCUGUACUUGACAACGUAACACCUAAUCAGGGUUGUCGCUAAGAUUUCAAGUUGCUGGGUAUUUGUUGUUAGUAGCCGGGGAAGUCACUAGCAGUCGUGGAGCCCCCCGCUCCCCCAAGAAGUUUUUGAAGUGCAACUUCUACCGUUUUCCAAAAGGCAUUACUGCCCAAAAAAAGCAAUCUUCAUCAAGAGCAGAGCUAUCAUUGGUGGUUUUAUCAUGAUCACGUCUUUAUUAAAGAAAACUACAACAUUCUGAGACACUAGAAUAUUGAGUUUUUAUUUUACGUAAAGGCUCGUUGGGGGGUUUUUUUAGUGGCCGCCAAAUGGGAAUACAUGUAAGCUCUGGGUCUGAAAAAGAACGAAACAACUUACGGAAAUCAAAGGUAAAACUAAUAUUAUUACAGAUGAAUUAACCCACGGAUGUCAACAGAGAUCUACUCAGAUCUUUCAUCGUGAACAAAGAGUGUAGAUUCCUUUGCCACAUCUUCGACAUGUUCAACACAAAGCCGACACAACGGUUGAAACUGACAUUUCGUGAACGGAGAGUUCUCGCGCGUGUGUACUAGUACCAAAUCUAAGUAAGAUGUCUUUCUUCAACAUUUCUCAGUUUUCGCCCCACGAGUUUUCCAAAAUCACUUAAACCUGCUGAAGAUGAAACUUGCACUUAGUAUGAUGCAUAGUCUUUGUGUGUUUCAAAGGUGUGCUAUAAUUCAAUGCUUAUGUCCUUUUUAAUGUAGAAUUUUCUGGUGCUCUUUUGGUUUAAUUUAAUGACGAAAGUAGCCGGGGACCAUGCUCUGAGUAGCAGGGGGAAAUCCCCGGCCCCCGGCCCUUAGUGACAACCCUGCCUAAUAAUAAUAAUAUUAUUAUUACUAAAAUUUAUAUGACGCUGUUCAGUGUAAUAUAUGCCUUGUAGUCCUUGUACCAAUAUACAAUGCCCAUGUUUUAAUUUGGGGACAUGGUCAAUUUAUUUUUAUUUGAGAAGGAAAGUGGUUGUUCAUAUAUACGAUAAAACCAAGGUAAAUUGUUACUCCUGAAACCAAGACCUGACUACCUGAAGCGAAAGCUUUAGUUAUAGUGUGGUUCUUACUUAUGGAACAAUCUUCCCAAGGAUGUUCGCACAGCAAAUUCUCUAGAUGACUUUAAGAAAAAAACUCACUCUCGGUUUUGCUGAUCAUGUAGUAUUCCCAGAUGGCAAAUUUGUAAAACAGUGUAUAGAGAAUUUAUAUAUUUAUUUUCUAUUAUUAUACUGAUAUUUUAACUGUGUAUAAAUCAAGUUUAUCGUCAUCAUCAUCAUCAACAUAUUUUUUUGGUGGGUGGUGGGGUUAACGCAAAACAGAGAGGGGUCUUGACAAACUGCGAGCCAGCGAGCCAUGCGAGUCACGCGAGGCAUCAGUAAAAAAAAAAGGAAAUACAAGUAAAAACUGUAAAUUGACAGAUGAGGAGUUGAGCACUCAUAAUUUAUACUGAUUAUAGGGUUAAGCACUCAUUGUACUGAUUAGGGUUAAGCUUUCAUUUUACGGAUUAAGCACUCAUUUUAGGGCUAGGGUUAAGCGCUGUUUAGGGUUAAACACUUAUUUACAACGGUUAGCGUUCAGUUAAUGUUUUCCGUAUUACUGUUUUCGAUUUUUGUGGUGUUUUUUUUUUUCAAUGAUUCUUCAAUCGACUGCAUGGCUCGCAUGACUCGCUGGCUCACAUUUUAUGCACACUCAACAGAGAGUCUCCAAUUGUAGAUUCUUCAGAGGUUUGCAUCACUGAUGUGUAUAUAUGUGCAUACAUGCUUGUAGGACCAAAAAGAUCCAGAUGCCAGCUACAUUGAUAUGGAGCCUAAUAUAAAAUUAAAUAAGGAUGGUGAUGUUUAUGUGAAAAUGCAAAAAGAGGAUGGUUCCUAUUAUUAUGUUUUGAGAAAAGAAGCUGACAAUGAGCUGUACGUUGACUUGGACUACAAACUUGAACACGAGGAGUAUUAUGUCAAAAUGCAGAAAGAAGGUGGCGGAUACUACUAUGUGCCCAUGAAGCCAGGAGCAGGUCCUGAGAAGACUGAUCAUGUCGUUGACAAACCGUACAGUAAUGUUGCAGGACAUGGAGAGCAUUACCAGGAAGAUAUCUAUGAAAAUUUAAAUCAAACAGAUCCAUCACCGGAAAGUCAAGAAAUUUAUGAAGACAUGGAUGGUGAAGGAAAUGUGGGAAGUGAAGAAUUGUACAUGGACAUGGAGCACAGUGAAAAAUCAACCACCAUCUCUGGUGGCGUUCAGCAUGGUGCUGAUGAAGAUUUUUACAUGGACAUGGCUCAUGAAGGAGAUGAAGCUACUGAGGAAUUAUAUACAGACAUGGAGGGUGCGGGUGAAAGUCCUUCUGACUUAUAUAUAUCAAUGGAGCAAGGUCUGUUCUGUUUCCAUCUGCCAGAUUCAUAUUGUUUACAUUGUUAAAUGUUACCACUAGCACUUAAACAACAAUAUGCAUGAGCUUUAGCUAAGAUGGUUUGAGUUAGGUUAUAGCUAGUUUGGUCUCCUCAAGUGAUGAUAAUAAGAUCCACGGGAAAUUCAUAGAAUAUAUUCGUUAAGGAUCAAUAUGAUGAGUCAAUGCCGGACAUGCCAGGAAAAUGAUCUUGUCUUUUUCUUUGCAUUUCCACUGUUAUUACAAAGAUUUAAUCAAAAAUGCAAAAUUUUAGGACAUACUGGGAAUAACACGCACAUGCAAUUAUUAUCUUGACUUAUUCGGCAGCAUAUGUAGGUGACUCAAAAAACACUCUCGCAAUACACAGGAAAUAUAAUUUAUGACCUCUUUAAUUUCCAUGUUAAUUAACAUGUUAAUUUCACAAUUGUCACUUAAAUCGAUUAAAAAGAAAUGACUUUUUAAAAUAUUUAGCUAUUCAAAAUUGUGUCAAAACUUUUCUUAAAAACAUUUAUUUUAAAAAAGUUUUAAAAAAGUUAAAAAUAUACGACGUUUCAAUGUUCUCGGACAUCAUUGUCAAGUAAAAAAAACACAGGAUGAAUGUUCCAUAAAUACAAGAAAAACAAAAAGAAAAGUAACAUAAAAAUAGGUUCCAAGUUAAACAAAGAGUUUAGCACUGAUGGAGUCACUCUGAGUGUGAAGGCUAGGCCUCAGUUAUCAAUUUAAUUUGAUUAGUAAAAUUGACCCUCAUUCAAAAAACUGUUUAUCAAUAGCUGAAAUACUUGUGUUAGCAAUACCACCGUUGAUGAAGGUGUCGGGCUGUGUAGCCAACAAUGAUCCCGAAAUUAAUAAGUUAAUUAAUUUUAUUUUAAAAAAGUAUUUCUGCAUCAAUGUCAUUCUUAUUUUCUUUUAAAAACAGAACAAAAACCAGACAAAUAUGGUUAUGUGACAGCCAGAGAGAGAUCAAACCAACCAGUUACAAUGGAUGUAGUACUUUUUAAUCGCUCUGCCAGUAGUGCCGCUGAAGUGAGAGCAAGACAGCUUGCCAAUGCUGAAAGAAAAAGCCGCUCACUUCCUGGGGGUAUGUAUUUCAAAGAUUAUAGUCUUGGAAAAUUUACUGCGAUGAUCAUUCUUCACUUUCAAAGAUAAGUCUGUUUAGAAGCAAAUUUUCCAGUUGAUGUACUGUCACCAUACAAGUAGACUUCCUGCAGUCAGUGGUGAUUGGCUGAUACUAUCCACACCCAGUUUAAAAUAGUAAUUACUCUGAGUCACAUGUUAUUCAAAGUUGAUGUAAUAGGAAUAUUAUCGUUUCUUCCAUUCUGACAUCUUUCAGGUGUGUCUCAGGCAGACCUUUUAGAACAAGCAAUUCGACAGAGUGUUAUUUCUGGAAAGAUAUCAGGCAAGGAGGCGAGCCAGUUCUUACAGAAACUGGAGAUAUCAGUAAGGCUCAUUUAAAUCCAUCCAUUAAUAAAUAUUUUUAAGGUCCUUAAAACUACUGUAUAGUGGUUGCUUCAUAGAAAGUGUUAAGUGCUACAUACUGUCAUAAAAUAAUUCUUUUUUUAUUCACUGUGCAGGAAACAAAUGAAUAUUGUUUUUAAUUGCUACACUUGUUCAGUGUCACUUUGUUACAUUUUUUGGAUAAUAUCAAGGAAAACAUUUAAAAUCAAAAAAUAAGUGUAUCUGACUUAGACUGUGCCAUUUCAAUGUGAUUUUAAAAGACAGUGUAUGUGCAGUGCACGUAACACAUGCAUUGACAAAGGACAUAACUCAAAGAAAGGACAGCAAGUCAGUGCAAGAAACUUUGUCAACCGACAGGAAUGAACAGCGGUGAUAAAGUUCCUGGAGACAAUCAGGGGUAAUGGAAACAGUCAUGUUUUCGGUAUGAACAAAGAUACCUAAGAACAGCAUAGAAGUAGCAGGGGGAGAUUCUUUUUCAGGAGAGGAAUCCAAACCCGGGGCUGCGAGAAGGGUGCCAAUUUAGGCACAGAAUGCGUCAUAUGACUGUUCUUGAAUCUCUGCUUUACCGAAGUCAUCAAUGAAGUUUGUACAGUGGUUGCCAAGACUACUAUACAUGAAAGUGAAGGGAGAUGUAGUGCAAUGACACAUCAUGGCUGAAGACCAAAGACCAAAAGAGGGGGUGAUAUUAAACUAGAAAGAGCCACGGUGACAGAAACUGAGAAGGUGGUAGUCGCGAGGCCGGGUCGAUACAGAGUACAGACGUUGAAUGAUAACAAGGUAGGCCACACAAAAUUCUGCCAGAGAAAGAUCAGCAUAUAAUUUAGCCUCACCUGGAGCCUAAACAUGUGGCCACUGCUGUGGACGAAGAUAUCUUCUGUGGAGCCUUUGUGUCACCAAGAGACUUUAUGCUGGAUGUUGCUUCAGAUGUUGGUGAGAUUGUUGAAUGUUUAUUCUUGAGCUGAUCAGAGCCAAUUGCAGCUAAAGCUCCAACUUGAGUUUGUGUAUUUCCCAAUCAUUAUUGUCUUUAAGUAGCUGAAGGUGCAUAAUUUCGUCUCGACUGUGUCAAGUUUACUUUUUGAACUUUAGUGGCUUGUAUGCCAGACAGGUCAUGCAAGAAACUCCCGCAAGGUUGUCUACCAAUCGGCAGUAAAGGCCUUCACAAUGCAUGGCUCCUGUAUUCACUUUUUUCUUGCCCUUCUUUUCUUUCUUCUCUGGUGGGGCAAAUUGCUGUGAUGUGGCCUCAGCUACCUUACACAAUAUGUCACCGUGCAGACUGUUUGAUCAUGGUAAUAAAUCCCAUGUACUCAAAAUCAGUGCUCAGAGGUGUCAAGAAGCACCAUGAGUGACACGAGGGCUUAAAUGAGACAUGGUGAAAAGAUGAGAAUUGUGGUGAGGAAAUUUCGCAGAGAAACAGGAAUAAUGAGCAUCAUAGCCAUCUCAAUCAAUAAGUCAAUAAUUAACCUAAAUAUUAAAUCAAACACACUGCCUGCUUGUUUUACAAGUGUGCCACAUGCUCUAAAAAUACUAGCCACCCACAAAUGUAGGCAAUGUUAUUAAAGUGCCCAGGACCAAAACCACAAACUUUGACAAGAUUGGUGUGCUGCACACGUGUCCAGUGAAGGCUUUCAUCAAACUGAUUAAGCUUCCCACCUCAUAUUCACCUUUCCACUUGGCAAGCUCGGCUGUCUUUUUUUCUGACUUAUAUAAUGCACUAGCUAACACACGGUUCAAGUUAUUGAGAGUAAAAUCCUGCAAAAAUGAUCUAAAGAGAAACAAAAAUUACUUCAAGUUGGCAGGAAGUUUGAGUUAUUUAUUUUAUUUUAUUUUUUAAAAUUUAUUGUCAACUCCCCUUGGGGCUUUUCAGAGACAAAUAUUAAUAGUACAGGUAGUAAAAAAACAAACAAACAAACAAAAAAAAUACUUAAGAGGUUCAAGUUACCGAGGGUGAAAUUGCAGUAAAUCAAGUAUGAUGGAAAUCUAGGGGAGAGAAUCAAUUUUGGUUUGAGUCAGUGAGGGUUUAAGUUAUUGGGAGUCAACUGUUUAAUUAUUAUUUGUUCUUUUGGUUGGUUUUCUCAUGUGUAAUCACAUGUUUGUUUACCUUCACAUAAUUAGUCAAGGGGAUUAAUAUUAGAGGAAAGAAGAGGAUCAAUAGGCUCUAAAGCUUCCAUAUCAAGUAAGCCAGUAGAAUCUAUUCUUGAGUAAAUGUUACCUUAAAUAGAGGCUUUUCAAUAGGUUUCUUUCAUCCUGUUAUCCUGACCAAAAUCUUAUAUUCCUUUGAUACGUUAAUCAAGAUUGUUUUUAUCAGCAAAUCCUUAAACUUUCCAAAGUGUUUUAAUAACCCAUGGAUAAAUUGCAAAAUUAAUGGACUGGUCGAGGUACAGUUUCUCCAAAGCAAGCUUGUUGUCUUCAACCAGUUACCUGGGUACACAAAAAAUAUUGUGUGUGAAAAUAGUGACAGUUACCCUAUUUUUUAAUUUGCAGCCGCAAGUAGUUCUGGGAGUAUAAGCAGCAGCGGAGUAAGUUCCGGACAUGAGGUAACUCUAACCCGGUAAUGGAGAAUCAGUCUAGGUUAAAAUCAAUUUAACCUGAAUUUUAUUUUGACUUUAAAGAACGAAUUCAUUGCAAAUGCAUCCCCAUGCCUUGAAAUCUGGAGUACACCCCAAAAUUAUCAUGGUUAUUUCUAAUCCUAAUGAAAUUUGUUUGAUAUCUUCUUCAUAACUUCCGUAAAUCCUCUAUUAAUCCCCCCUCUCAAAUAAGCCCCCUCCCCCUCUAAUAAGCCUCCCAUCUCUAUUAAGCGCCCACUCCCGGGAUGGGUUAUUAUUUUACCAACUGGAAGUUCAGAUUUGAUUCCGAUCCUCGGCUGCUUGACCUCCAACCUUCUUGUUCUUGAGCUUCUCCACUUUGUAUUCUAGUUCUUUAUUAAGAACUGAUACCAUCGUCUUUUCUAAAUUAAAGAAGCCUCCCAACCAACCCCCCCCCCCCCCCCCCCCCCCGCCCAUUUGCCGCCUCAAAUGGGCUUGAAAUAGAGGAUUUACAACAGAAUUUUGUGUGCUAUGGUUAAAGGUACUAAGGAAUGACUUCUGCAGAUUGACCUAAAACAGCAACAUCAUCAUGAUGACAUAGCCUCUUUAAUGACAUUUAGGAUUUUGGUCAGAUCAGGUAUCUCAACAACUGUAUGACUUUUUUUAUGUCAUGUGUUUAGGAUGAACCCCCUACACCCCCUCGCCCAGACUAUCAUCAGAGGGACAAAACCACAGGUUCCUCAGGUAUACAUAUUUUUAUUUUUUAUGUUAUUCUCUUAUUCAAUGCCUAUCCUCUUCAUGCCCCAUGGCUCAUUAGGCCUUAUGGACCUUUUCAACCUCUCCCUGUUGGCUUCAUGUUUUAUCUGACAGGUGCACAUAAGCUGCAUCCCAAAUUUUGGAUAAAGAAAGCUGCAGCUUAUCUGCAAGUGUUUUAUGGUGUACAUGCAAGGCAAGCAACCAUACUAGAAAGUAUACAUUAUGUAGAAAGAAAUUGCUUAGGCUUGCAUGACCAAAAAUAAUAAUAAUAAUAAUAGUAAUAAUAAUAAUAAUAAUGACUUUUAUACAGAAUCCACAAAGUGGCUCUUCGCCUGUACUCUAAAAGCUAUCAAAACUAAUAUUCUAGAAAUUUACAAAAUGUGCUAACAAUUAAAUUCUAUGGGAAUAAUUAAAAAUAAUAAUAAUAAAAUAAAUAAAUAAACUGUAAAAAUAAAACAAAAUGUCUCUGUGUCAUUGAAAUAGAGUCGAAUCCAGAGCAUGAUAACAAAAGAGACCAUAGUCCUUAAUGUUUCUGACGUGGGUUGGGAGACGGUUGAAAAAAGUUGCGGCAGUGUCCUGAAAGGUGCCAGAUUCUUUGGGGAUACAUUAUAGUGAAGCAAGGGGUGAAACCAAACCUCCCUUGGUCGCUUUGACGAGAAAGCGGUGUUCAGAAAUGCUCUUUUAGCCUUUCCGAUGACAGUUCCGGAACGCAGUUCGGAACACAGUCCAUGUCUCAUCAGUGCUACGGCAACGAGCUUGUGCCCUUAGCUUGUCCCUAGUAGUUUGCAACUCACGUAAUAUCUCAUUAGAUGCCAUCCAUGAGGUUGGUGGUCGCGUUACCUUCACUUUCUUCAAAGGGGUGUGGCGGUCUAAGCACUCAGUCACAAAAGAGUUAAGUGCAUCCACCAUAUCAUCUGGUGACUUUAGUCCAUAGAUGACAUUCAAAGGCAGAGACAAGAAAUCUUGUUUAAACAGUAGCAUGUCAAGCUGUUUCUCAUUGCGUAUGUAUUUAUGACGGGGUGCAUAUCUUGUAACUCAUACGUUGAUAAUCAUGUAAACAGUGUCAUGAUUACUCACAGAUGGAGCUGGAAGUACGUCGGUGUGAGCAACUCUCAAGGGAUAGUUAGAGAUGAUGUGGUCAAUCAGGGAUUUCAUAGUGUGUGUGACUCUGGUUGGUUUUGUAAUGCUUUGAUUCAGGUUUAAGGACUCUAAAAUGUCCCUGUACUGACACUCAAAUGUUACUAAUGAAAUUGUUUCAGUUCUGCCUACUCCUUGUGGAUCCGUUUUAUCCUGGGCUCAUAUUUUAUUUUCCCUUGUUUUAGGAUGUGUGUGUUUGACAAAUGUAUUUAAAAGAGGGGAAAAAAAUUUCAAUCAAGACAUGAAUGUUUCUGAGUUAUAUUUUGCAACUGAAAUUAAAUAAAAGGCUUGCCUCAAAAUUUCUUUUAUGUGCUUCACAGACAGCAGUAGCAGAAGACAUCGUUAUAAAACAGCACCUUUGGAGACAAAAGAUUUACCAGGGCUGCUUAGUGCAAGUGGUUCACGGCUCCCUGCUCCUGUCCAACGACGAAGUAGUUCACCAGGUAUAGUAGCAUGCAUCAACGUUAUACUGUUCUACAUGGUGUAGAUCAGGAGUCCUUACAUCUUGACCCCUUUUGAAAGCACAUGCCUGAAAGUAUAAUUCAUAUAUUAAGUUGUUUUGGUGGGGGAAAGCCCCUCUGGGUGACAGUAAACCCUCUCAUAUUAGAACCUAUCAUUUCGGGUUCAGGCUGAUCAAGUUCUUAGUUAGCAGGUGCAAAAUGAGAAAUCAGGCUGAAAAUGUUAAUAAAAAUGUAAUGUUCCUAAAAUUUGUUUUAGAAAUACUAUACAUUAUACGUUACUAGAGGUUCAAUUAACAUACAAUAUUUUAUUAUUUACAUUAAAAACUUAAUUUCAUAUAAAAUUAAUAAACUAAUUUUUAUUACUUAUAAAAAACAUUAACAGGUUAAAAGUCAACCUCAAGUUGUAAUGCAGUUUUAACAUUUCAUAACAUUCCUUAGCUCUCUAGGCCAGCAGCCCUUCUCCUACCCCUGCAAAUUGGUCUUCAAUACUGCAGCAUCCAGCACACCAUAGUACUUCAAAUGAGUUACUGUAAAUUGUUUGUUUCUUAUUCUGGCAACCUCUUUCUUUUUAUAUAAGAACACAUGUUCUAUUCAUCUGGCUGAAUUAAUUGUUUCUUAUAUAUAUGGUGCUUUACUGGUCAACUUUCAGCCUGUUGAUUUUAAUCCACUGUUCUUAUAUGUGGGUGUUUACUGUACUUGCCAUUUUCUUUAACAGCUGAAAAACUCAAUCACCUUUUGUAGAUUUUAUAUGCUGUACUUAUUAGUUCAUUGACCUUCAAAAAUACAUUAAUAAUUCAUAAAGAAAAAACAAAAGAAAUUAAUGUUUAAUGAGGGUCUUUAUAUGCGAUAAAGAAACGUUAAACUUUACAUCCAAUGUUUUAGACCAAAAUAACCCCAUGUCUAAAUAUUAGUGUAAGAAUAAGUUGAUCUAUAUAAGAGAUUUUGAAGCCGUUCAAAAAGCCCGCCGUCAUGUAUUCAGGUUUAAAAACUCUUGCCCUCGCCUUGAGUUUUUAAAACUGAUCAUACACUCCUACUCGCUUUUUAAACAGUACAAAAAAGUUAUGUGUUACAUUGGACCUGUGUGGUGUUAUCAGUUAUCUUGUUUCAGUUUUAUGCACACUGAUAUGUCACUGUAUCUUUUCUCUAGGUGGCGUGGGCUACAAUACACAGUUAAAGGUAAAUUCCUCUUAAAUAAAUUUGCUUUAUGUUAAUUUUUCAAAACGUCACAUGUUGAAAUUACCAUUUUGUUUGCUUUCCUUUUAUGUUAGGAGCCAUCAUCUGAAAGGCAGAGGCCUCCUGAGCCCAUACCAGAGUCAACACCUCCUAAAGUUGCACCUCGUCCUUCACCCCGCCCUCCUUUGUCAACUCCCUCUGAUGCAACAAGAUCUCCUGCUCCUAUUCCACCCUCUGAGAGAGUCAGGCACGCUGGAGUGGCUGUCCUCCCAAUGCCGACUGCUAAA